UACGUAACAUAGUUACGGCGGAUGUCUAGCUGUAUCUUAAAAUACGUGCGAGUUUUUCAUUCACGAGUAGGUGUAGAAACGUUAUGCAAAGAUACAGCAUGAAAUAUUUAAUCUUUGCAUCAUUGUGUUUACUGCUAUUAAUGUCUGCAUCUGGAUCAAAAAAUGACGACGAGGAAUGGGUUAAGCUGCCUAAUAAGUGCGAAGUGUGCAAAUUCGUUGCAGUUGAAAUGAAAUCCGCGUUUGAAGAAACAGGGAAAACCAAGGAGGUGAUUGACACGAAGUACGGCUUCAUGGAUGGGAAGGGGUCACCGAUAAAAUACGUCAAAUCUGAUAUCAGAUUUAUAGAAGUAAUGGAGACAAUUUGUCAAAGAUUGAUGGAUUAUAAUUUGCACAAAGAAAGACAAGGAAGCAAUCGUUUUGCUAAGGGGAUGUCUGAGACUUUCCAGACCUUACAUAAUUUGGUUCACAAGGGUGUCAAGGUGGUGAUGGACAUUCCUUAUGAACUCUGGAAUGAAACAUCAGCUGAAGUUGCUGAACUAAAAAAGCAAUGUGAUGUGUUGAUAGAAAAAUAUGAAGAUGUGAUUGAGGACUGGUACAAAAAUCAUCAAGAUGAAGAACUUUUAACCUAUCUUUGCGAAAAACAUGUUCUGAAAGAUGGAGACAAAGAGUGCUUAAAUGAAACUUGGUCUGGGAAGAAAGGAGAUAUGGCCACUGUUGGUAAAAAGAAAAAGAAAAAGGGAGAAAAGAAGGAUGGUAGUAAAGGCAAGAAAAAGAAGCAGAAAGCAAAAGGAGCAAGAGAUCUCCAAACAGACGAGUCUGAUAUUUCUGAUGAUGACAUCCAAAAGAAGGUUUCUCUCACACAAGAUAAAACAGAAUUAUGAGUAUGUGUUCAUAUUUCAGUAACCAAAAUGACAUAAGUAAAAGGAUAAGUUGUGUUUAAAAUUGACAGCAUUGCCUUAUCUGUUUCAUUUUCAGGUUAUUAAGCACAUUUUGUAUUGGAAAUGUUAAAAUGAGAAGUUAGCUAACCUUUUGUUACCAUGUGAAGAAUCCACAGGAAAAUAUGACAGGUUCAAAUGAUUUUACUGUUCUAUACUUAACAAUUAAAUAGCUUUUGGGAUUUAUACUUUUUGAUUUAUUUAAAGACAAAAUAUAUUGGUGUGUUUUUAUUGGGACGAAUAGAUGGAUGUUUGCGUAGUUUGUACUUUCAAAUGAAAAUAGUUAAAACUUUGAAAGAUUUACACAUAUAUCAAGAGAAAACGUACCAAAACAACUGUUUUAAUUAUAAUUCAAUUUUCUGUGUGUAUGCGAAUGAGUGUGUAAAUAUAGAAAUAAGAGCAAUCAUUCAAUGAUCUGUAUUGUAAGAUACCGGAAAUUAGACUAUUUUUAAUCUAUUUAUGUAUUGUAGUAAAAACAAAAAUGCGUCAUUUAUUGUAUAAAUUGUGAACUAAAUUUGCCAGUGAUAUAAUUUACAUGUUUGUUUUGCUCAGCUUUGUGAAGGUUCAAAGUUGUUUGAUUACAUCGUUGAGUCUUUGCUUUUGUUUUAAUAUCUUUGGUUUUGUUGUGUUUUUGUUUGUUUGGGUUGAGCCCUCAGUGUAUUUGCUUUCCUCAGUCUGUAGUUUUAUCUUUUGUACAAGUGCAUUCUGGGAAAGUUUCUUAGACUAGGCUCUCUUUAACCUAUUAGGACUCAUGAUUUAUUUUGUCUCUUUGGUAAUUUUGUUUGGUAGAUUCUCCCUCCUGUUGGUCUUAGCAUUAGGGCUGGCAGGGCACUACCUACAAUCACUUGCUGUUGUCUUUCUUGAAAGAAAUGAAAAUAUCAGUGGCACAAGUUUUGUGCUUGGUACUGUUGUGACAGGUGUAUGCUGUAGAAAAGAAAUGGCAAAUCACAAGGUAAAAGGAGACAAUGCACUUCACAUUUUUGUUUACAUUCACUGUGUACUUGACUGUUUAUUAUGGGAGAUAAGUCUAUGCUUAGGAUCAUGGGCCAGAUCUGUGCAUUUCACUUGAUCGGUUAGCCAAAACUUGCCAGUGGUGUUUACUAUGAUCAGUCUUGCUGUAAUGGUAUUGUAUUGUUGAGAAAACAAAAUGGCACCAAGGGUUGGAGUCGCAUACAAUGUCCGUGGGAAUACGCUUCCUGCAGUGUUUGUUUAAGAGAGGUUAUCUUCAAUAAGUGAAAUGCAUUCCUCUUUUCAUGGGAAUGAUCUUGUCACUGCCUGUAAAAAUUGUAUCUGAUUUUUCUCCUUCAGAAGCAGUUGAUCUUUGUUUUUAGAGUAUUUCUUUAAAAUUAGACAUUAGUUGACAUAUUGUAUUAAAAUGACAUGAAUCUAAUGUUGGAUGUAAAUAAAACUGACGAAUAAAACAAACUGUGAUGGAGACCUAGGAUGGUGAUGUAUGUUACUAUGUAAAGAACUGGUUAUACAUGAAUAAAAAAAGCUGUCUGCUAAUACGGCAGUAUUCCUAA